AUGAUUCUAAUGGCAGUAACAAGAUCUUGUCAAAGGCACAAAACAGACAAAGAAAUUGAUCCUUUAUUCGGACGAAAUCCCUUUAUUUUGUCAGGAGAAGAAUGGAAACAAAAGAGAUCCGAAGUGACACCCGCUCUAACAAACAUUCGGAUAAAAGCUAGCUAUCCGAUAAUGUUACCUGUUUGUGGGAAAAUGACUAAAUAUCUGGAAAAAGAAACCAAAAAGCAUCUUCCACAUGGAGUUGAAGCCAGAGAGUUAGCAGCUAGAUACACGACCGAAGUUGUCAGUAACUGCAUCUAUGGAAUUGAAGCUGGAGCAUUCGAAGAGGGACCUUGCGAUAUUCGCGAAAAGGGAGCUGCUAUUUUGGACCAAUCCUUCGGAUCACAAAUCUAUCUGGUGGUGACAUCGCUACUACCGGAUCACCUCAGAGGAAUCUUCAAACGACCAUUUAUGAGGAAAGAUAUGCAAACAUAUUUCAUACAAUUGAUGAAGGAAGCCAUAAAAAUUCGAGAGAGUACGAAAAGUGAUCGUGCUGAUUUCUUGAAUUACCUACUGCAGCUCAGGGAGAAAAUUUGA